AUGGAACGACCCAAAGUCGACGGCGCGUUGAACGCGAUUUUGACCGACAUGAUCGGGUUGAUGCGCGGCGCGAUCGACCGGCUGGACGCGUUACCGGACGAGCCCGGGUGCGGGUGGAAGAAGGACGAGCCCGCGUGCGAUUUCGGGUGCGUCGCGGGGGAGCUGUGCGUCGCGAAUAAGCCGUGGGUCGCGGAGACGAAGACGGAGACGCGUGAGGCUGCGGCGGCGGCGGCGCGGGAGUCGCCGCUGAAUCCGGGGGGGGAGACGGACGAGGCCGGGGACGGCGACGGCGACGGCGACUAA